AUGGGCACACGCAGCUCGUCAAUCGUGCCUCUGUGCCUGCUGGUGCUGGUCGCUCUCGUGGCCGCCGCUUCCGCCCUUGGCCCCAUCGCCUUCACGGGCCAGGGCGUCAUCCAGGGCAAGUGGGCCAACCAGGUCCAGCAGUUCCUGGGCGUCCCCUUCGCCGCGCCGCCCGUGGGCGAGCUGCGCUUCAAGCCGCCCGUGCGGUCCGACUCGUGGAACGGCGUCCGCAGCGCUACCGCGUUCGGCCCCAACUGCCCUCAAAACGGCCUGGCCGGCGUUCAGCCGCUGCCCAACCAGAGCGAGGACUGCCUCUACCUCAACAUUUGGGCUCCUCUGCUGGCCAAUGCCGGUAGCAACCUGCCCGUGAUGGUGUUCCUCCACGGCGGCGGCUACCAGACCGGCUCCGGCGCGCAGCCGGUGACCGACGGCUCGGUGCUUGCGGCCACCACCAACUCGAUCAUCGUCACGGUCAACUACCGUCUGGGCCUCUUGGGCAUGCUCGCCCACCCGGCGUUCCUCGAGGAGACCGGCACCUUCGGAAACUACAACAUCAUGGAUCAAGUCCAGGCACUGCGCUGGGUUCAGGAAAACAUCGGGUUCUUCGGUGGUAACCCGUCGGCGGUGACCCUGGCCGGCCAGUCGGUGGGCGGCAUCAGCGUGGCGAUCCACUUGGUCUCACCCCAGUCGCGCGGCCUCUUCCAGCAAGCCAUCAUCGAGAGCGCCGUGACUAGCAGCCUCACCAACCAGAGCUACGUCGGCGCGCAGGGCAACACCCUGGUCGCCGCACUCAACUGCAGCACCUCCUCCAACGCUGCCAUCCGCGCCUGUCUCCGCGCCGCCAGCCCGGCCACCCUCCUGAACCUUCAGAGGACUGUACAGCCCGCUCCGGCCAGGCCCUCGGUCGACGGCAUCGUCAUCCCCGACCAGCCCCUCGCCCUGCUGCAGAAGGGCUACUUCGCCCGCGUCCCCGUGCUGGCCGGCAACAACCGCAACGAGUCCACCGUGUUCCGUGCCAACGCUCUUUCGUACUUCAACGGCGUGUACCCGAUUAACCAGACCUACUUCAACCAGUUCAUCAGCAACGCGGCCCAAUUCGGCCCCAACUUCGCGUCUGUGGUCGACCAGCUCUACCCAGCCUCGUCCUACCCGACCGUCUUCGCCCGUCUGGCCGCCAUCGAGGGCGACCGCGACUACACGUGCCAGGUGCGCCACUACCUGGACCUCAUGAACGAGGCCGGCGCUUCCGACCUCUACCUCUACGAGCUCCGUCGUGCUCUGCCCUACACCAACCCGCAGACCUUCCUGGGCUCGUUCCACUCGACUGACUUGAACUACAUUUUCGGCACGUCGUGCAUCAGCGACUUCUGGCCCUACGGCCCGCCCACCUGCCUCACUGGCACCGCCCCCCAGUUCUGGGCGGCGGGCAGCGUCGACUACCAGCUCUCGCGCCAGGUCAUGACCCUCUGGGGCAACUUCCUCUGGAACGGCACUCCCGGUGCGUUCUGGCCCACCUACGACACGACGACCAAGGCCCUGCAGGUGAUCAACGUCAACCCGUUCCUGCAUGUCGAGUACAACCUGGCCUCGGCCCAGUGCGCCUACUGGGACAACCUGGUCGUGUUCUGCGGCGACGGCAUCUGCAACAACGGCGAGAACCGCGUGUCGUGCCCGAGCGACUGCAACACCUGCCCGUAA